GUGACGUCACAGGCAUCGAGUGACUGUACAGGAAAAUUAGAGACGAGAAAAACACAACCGCUGUGUGUGUGUGUGAGUGUGAGUGUGUGUGUGUGUGUGUGUGUGUGAGUGUGAGUGUGUGUGUGUGUGUGUGUGUGAUGGAUGGCCUGUAUACACACAGUGUGUAUCUGCUGCAGGAGUUACAGGAGCAGAGGAUACAGGGGUUACUGUGUGACUGUACUCUGGUGGUGAAGACCGUGUGUUUUAAAGCUCAUAAGAACGUCCUCGCCGCCUUCAGUCCAUAUUUCAGAUCUCUGUUCCAGAACUCUCCGGCGGUGAAGAACGACGUGUUUCAUCUCUCUAUUCAGGAUGUGGGGGGGAUCGGACAGAUUCUGGAUUACAUGUACACCUCCCACCUGGAACUGAACCCUGAUAAUGCACACACACUCCUGCACAUAGCACAGAGUCUCCAGGUCUCUCACAUCGUGAACAUGUGCACAUCGUACCUGAAGCCGGUGACUCCGCCCCUGUCUCUACCUGAGUGUGUCUUAGGAAGCCCCCUACCUGCUGAGCCUGAUUUUCAGAUCCCAGCCCCAAACCACACCCCCGAUCCCACUGUCCAAUACAAACAGCCUCAGCAGGCUCCGCCCACUGGCAACCUGGAAUCGACCAAUAGUGUUCCAGUACACGGGUACAAGCUACGGAACUACUACAGCAGACAGUACUUUAAGAAGAGUUCUCACUGCCCUCUGGUGGCCGAGGAACAGAAUCACAUCAAUCAAAUCCCUCCGAACACGCCCUCAAACACAGACAACCAAUCACUGCAACCUGCCAAUCAGACACUGCCACGCCCUGCUGAGCCAAACACGACGCAGACACUAACGUGUUACCCUAACCCUAUUACUCCCCAUUCCUCCUCAUCCUGUUUCAGCGCCCUGAUGACCCCGGCGGGGGGAGCAAACAGCCCCCCACUGACGCUGCACCCUAAAAAAGCCGUCUACCUCAAAAAGUUUAAUUACUAUGUUUUAGAUGAGGGGGCGGAGCCAGAGGGUCCGAUAAACAACUGCAGUUCAGAGAGAGACCAGCAGGUGGAGGGAGAGAGCAGAACCAAACCGGUCAGCACACACACACCUGAACCACAGGAGGAACCAGUAGAGGAACCAGUGGAGGAACCACAGGAUGAACCGCAGGAGGAACCACAGGAGGAACCGGUGGAGGCACCAGUGGAGGAACCAGUAGAGGUUCCAGAGAAAGAUCCAGAGCUCAGUGCAGCAUCUACUGCUACCACCGCAGAGAAAGAACAAACACACCCAAAACCUACAGACAGGUCAAAGGUCACAGAGCAGAGAAACAAGUACUGCUGUGAAGUGUGUGGCAAAAUCUUCAAACAUCCGAGUAACCUGAAACUACACACACGCUCACACACAGGUGAAAGGCCGUUCCAGUGCACUAUUUGUAGGAAGAGUUUCUCUCAGGCAGGUAACCUGCAGACUCACCUUCGUCGUCACUCAGGAGAGAAACCGUACAUCUGUGAGCUCUGUGGAAAAAGUUUUGCAGCAGCAGGUGAUGUUCAGCGUCACAUCAUCAUCCACUCAGGAGCUCGACCUCACCUGUGUAACGUUUGUGGAAGAGGAUUCAGUAAUCUCAGUAACCUGAGGGAACACAUGAAGACCCACAGUCUGGAUAAAGAGUUUAUUUGUGAUCAGUGUGGAAAAUCCUUCAACAUGCAGAGAAACCUGAUCAAACACAGCAUGAGGCACACCGGAGAGAAACCACACUGCUGCCAGACCUGCGGUAAGUGUUUUGGUGGGUCCGGUGAUCUCCAGCGUCAUGUGCGUUUACACACAGGUGAGCGUCCGUACAUGUGUGAGGCGUGUGGGAAGAGCUUCACCCGAACUGCAGGGUUACACCGCCACACAAAAUUACACUGCACACCACACACACACACCGCAGAUACACACACCACACAUACACACACCGCAGAUACACUAACUGCCAACACACCCUCUUCAUUUACACAAAUAAAGUGAUCUUGGUCCCUGUUCACAUCCGGUCUCAGCUCCGCCCCACACAGGAAGUUCCAGUCUCCUCGAAACUCCACCGCCUCAACGCCUCCCCAUAUCAUCCUGUAACCAGGUCCCCUUCACCCAAAACCACCCAGCUCCCCCACAAAGCCUCUAUCCAUCCAGUAAGACUCAGACUCCACCUUCAACUGGGACUCACAAGAACAACAGUGCAAACAUGGACCAGGAACAUGGACCAGGAUCACGGACCACUUUUCAUCACUUUGAAUAUCAGAGUUAAAUAAAAUGUCAGAUAUUUUAUCAGACUUUAUUAAUAAUCCUGAUAUCAGGAGUUGUUGGGAGUUUUGUUUUUUUGGACUGGAGCGCAGGAUCGUAUUAUUGUGCCAGUUCAGUAGAUGGAGUUUUUGGGACUGGAGUAAGAGGAUCAGAACAAGUGAUGUGUGUGGAGAGCAUCGAUACACUGAUAUAGAAUUUAAUUUCUAUUAUCCUGAUAAAAACAUCAAAUUAUACAAAUAGACUUUUAUCUUUAAUCUGAUCAUUACACAUCUACUGUUAUUAACAUUUAUUAAAAAGACUCACUUUUAUGUUUUAUAAAUGAUCUCUUAUUUCUGAUAUUUGUAAUUUUGUGAGGUUUUGUGAUAUUCUAAUAUAAAAUAUUUGAUUCUAUUAUAAAACCUUGAUUUGAUGUUCGGUUGGGGCUGAGCGGUUGAUCGUACUGAGCUGUAAUUGAACACUGUGAGCACUAGAUGGCGCCAGAUCCUUCAUGUAAACUGCAGCGGUACUCUCACUGAACAUCGUUUAUGAUUUUAAUUAAUAUUAUCAUUUAUUUAUAUAAAAUAUAAAACUUCAGCAGCAAUUACUGUUAAAGCUCAUAAAAUCAUAUCCACAUGAUCUACAGAUCUAAUCUGAUGAAUCUCACUGUAUCAGACUGUGUUUAUGUUCUGUACUCAGUAGUGCUGGUUUUUAUUUCUGCUCUAUUACAGGACCUGAGUGGAACCAGCAGGUUUAGUGCUGAAUAAAUAAUUCAUUCAGCACCAAUCAGUAACUGAUCAGGAAUCAGAUUCAGAUCUUUAGUAGGUUGAUAAUAAUAAUAGUCGCCCCCCCCCUCCCCCCCCCCCCAUUUUAUUACCCCAAUAAAUGUUUUUAUUAUCCAGUU